GACCUGCACCGGCUCUGGUGCUUGUGCUUAUUUCACUGUGUUAGAACAAUGUUAAUGAGUGUAUCCUCUCCUCCCUGCCCGAUCUGAGCACGCAUUAGCAACAAACUGAGUCUCGUUUAUGUGUGUCUUCUAGGACAGAAACCUCCCCCAGGUGACACUGGGACCUGCUACUACUUUUUUUUUCUUUUUUUGCAAUGUAUUUCAAGGGUGGGAUGAGUCAAAGGGCAGACUAUUAAGACUUCUCUCAUCUCUUUAAGAACAUAUCUGACCCUGUUUUCCGCUCUCCUUGGUUAGGAGACAUCUCUCUGCAAGGGACGCUGUGCCUAGUCUUUGACAAUGAAGUUCAACUUGUUCAGACGGCCACAGGCCAUGACAGCGGCCGAGCCCACCAGUGCCCCCACCAUGACCAUGGCUCCCACCUCAGCUGCCAUGUCCACCUCAGCACCAGAAACUUCUGGCUCGAACAAUACAGAGAUCAGCAAGAAUGACAUGUUUGAGGAGAUCAAGAGCAAAUUCUUGAAUGAAAUUGAUAAAAUCCCAUUGCCUCCGUGGGCUUUGAUUGCCAUUGCUGUAGUGGCAGCAUUGCUAAUCCUCACCUGCUGUUUCUGCAUAAUCAAAAAAUGUUGCUGCAAGAAGAAGAAGAACAAGAAAGGAAAGAAGGGAAAGGAUGGCUUCAACAUGAAGAACAUGCAGGGUGGUGAGGAUGACGAUGAUGAUGAGGGAGAGACUGGACUGACAGAGGAAGAGAAAGAGGAAGAGGAGAAAGAGCAGGAGAAACUGGGGAAGCUGCAAUACUCUAUAGAUUAUGACUUUGAGAAUACAAAGCUGACAAUUGGUAUCCUUCAAGCUGCAGAUCUCAUGUCCAUGGACUCAGGUGGAACCUCAGACCCUUAUGUUAAAGUCCUGCUCUUCCCUGACAAGAAGAAGAAGUUUGACACCAAAGUGCACAAAAAAACACUGAACCCUGUCUUCAAUGAGACAUUUGUUUUCAAGGUACCCUAUGAGGAGCUUGGUGGAAAGACCUUGGUGAUGUCUGUUUAUGACUAUGACCGAUUUUCUAAACAUGAUGUCAUUGGAGAGGUAAAGCUGCCCAUGAACACCAUUGACCUUGGACGGCCUAUUGAGGAGUGGCGGGAUCUCGAGAGUGCUGAUCAAGAGGAGCCUGAGAAACUUGGAGAUAUCUGCAUCUCCCUUCGUUAUGUCCCCACUGCUGGAAAACUCACUGUCUGCAUCCUGGAGGCAAAGAAUCUGAAGAAGAUGGACGCCUGCGGUUUAUCUGAUCCUUAUGUAAAGAUCCAGCUGCUCCAGGGUGGUAAGCGUCUGAAGAAAAAGAAGACUACAGUGAAGAAGAACACCCUAAACCCAUAUUACAAUGAAUCCUUCAGCUUUGAAAUCCCCCUGGAACAGAUGCAGAAAAUCUUGGUGGCAGUCACAGUGUUUGAUUAUGACAAGAUAGGUAAGAAUGAUGCCAUUGGAAAAAUCUUCGUGGGCAGUAAGGCUACUGGCUUAGGUCUGAAGCACUGGUCUGACAUGCUGGCUAAUCCACGCCGUCCCAUUGCCCAGUGGCACCCAUUGCAGCCAGAGGAGGAAAUUGAUGGCCAGCUGGCAUCCUUGAAUGCAAAGAAGUAACACAUCUCACCAACCAGCUAAUGCACUAACUCAGAAAUCCAAUCUUCAUCCCUACUUUGCAUGAAUUUCAUGACUUCACACAUGACUAUUUGUCAAAAGUCCUGCUCAAAAAAAAAUAUAUUAAAAAAAAGACAUUGUAGAAUAUCUGAAACUCUUUUUGAGCAUCACAUUUCCCACAUUAAUGUAUGCUGAGAAGAAUGGUGUUGAGUUACCGGGUGACUGGUUAAUGAAUGAUCGACUUUUAGUCUUUCCUUCAUUUGAAGAAUCUCAUUCUUAGGGUGCUGACACUGAAUGGAAUUAUUGGUGAAGACAAUGCUGGAUAUAUAUAAAAAAAAGGCUUUAGUUUAGUUUAUAGAGCAUGCUUUACUUACCUCCCCACUGCCUGCGUGCAUCACGCCCAGUAUUGUGUCUUGCUAAUAACUGUGCUUUAACUUGCAAUAGAAAGUACUCUAAUUUGGGGUUAUUUCCCGCAUAAAGUUUGUCUUAAGUCUAUCAAUGCGAAGAGAUUCAAGUGCAGAUGAUUCAGGUUGAGAUCAAUGAAUGCAACAAUCAAUUCUGGAAUAUGUAUGACAUUUUUCUUGAUUUUAUCAGCUCACAUAUGAGAUGGUGCAAACAGUGCAGCAGAACCAUAUAGCAGGGAUGAUGCAGUUGUCUGACUUAAGUUGCUUGUUUUGUGUUGCCACGAAGGCCCAUCUAUGCAUUUAGCUUCAACCCAUAUUUCUGUGUCUUCAGACAGGUGUAAUGUAAGACAGGAAUACAAGGGUGCCUUCCUAAUAUGACACUUUGAGAAGUAGUGCAGGUUUUAUUGUUUAUUUUAAAGUGGUUGAAUAUUGUUCAAAAUGUGUCAGGGACACUGUGAAUGUGCCAUUUGAAAUCUGGCUAUGUUGACCACUUGGAUGUAAAACCUUACUUAUCCAUUGUAGAAGUAAGGCACUAAAAAGGAUUACCAAUGAUGCUGAAAACAGUACUGACUAUGCUUCUUUGAUUUCUGUUGUUUAGUAAAAGACAGUGCCAUUUUGGUUAUUAUGUUUUGACAUUCAUUAAAACGAUUCCACGUCAUUGGCUGAUGUUGUAGUUCUACUGUAAUUCACUUCAAUAUUUCUGUAGUUUCUGCUGAAACAACAUGAGGAUUUCUGUCAAAGACGAAAUGUUUUUAUAGAUUAUUGAAUUUGAAAUGUAAGAUGUAGCUUUGAUUUGUAUUAAUGAGGUGUGUAGAAUCUAAACAUAGCAAAUGUAUCAUCAAACGUAUACAAUACACACAUCCUGGACCAUCUGCUUGAACCAAAUAGAGCUGCAGAAUAGAGCAUGUAUCAUGCCUCGCAGUAUUUUGUCUUGUUUGAAUCACUCGGUCGGGACACAAGCUUUUUGAUCCUGGAGACAAAGUGCUGCAAUAUGGUGAUGUUGAAACUUGUAGGCAAAUUAUUAGUGUAAUGUUUAGUGGCUUGGAAGCAAAAAAGGACACAAAGAAUUGAUUAUUAUAAGGGAAUGACUGAGGAUAGAACAUUUAAAAUGUUGACAUUUAAAUUCCACUGAAUUUACCAAUGACCUGAUCUCUUUCCUGUAGCAGCUCCUCUUAACUGAAGAAUCAUGACUGUCCCCAUAUUGGUUUCUUUGAGUUAAAUGUAGACAUAUGUAGGAUUAAAAUUAUCAUUUAUUGCAGGAACCUUAAAAACCCCCAAAAAAAUAGCUUUAGAAAAUGGAUGACACUUUCUCUAAUCAUACGUGAUGACAACCUGAACCUGAAAAAUCUUCCGAAUUUACCGGGAGGGAAAAGAGUCAGUAUCACUUUCUUAUAAUUCAAAUCAUUGUAACUGAAAUCAUUAUUAAUGACAACUAAUUUCUGGCUUCAAACACUGUCUAGAGCCUCUCUGAUGUUGAGUUUCACUGCUUACGUAGGUAAUUUUGGAUUCUGAACUGGCCAUGAAUUGAUGGAACUGGACACAUGUCCAGGGUUUUACCCCAUCUCUUGUGGAUUAUCUCCAGGGAUUGGCUCCAGCCCACUCAUCCACUCAACCCGAGUUGAUACAUUGAUGUUAUCAGUGAAUUCUAAGUGAGACAAAAUCAGGGAAUCGGUGUUUUGUGAAUUACUUUCUUUAAAUCAAAAAAUCCAAAAUCAGAUCUUGGGAGGCCAACACAUUAAAAUAUUUUCUCAGAAUUUCAGAAACUGGAAAAAAUGAACUCAUAGAAACUUGUGUCUACAUUUAGUGCUUUUAAAUGUCAACAUAGAUUUUUCAGGACAUUUUUAUAAGGGGGCAGUUUGUUUAAAAAAGAAAAUGUUAAGGCAGUCGUUCGUAUGCAUCCACGUCGCCAGCAGAAGUAUCUAAUGGUGAGCAGCGGCACAUUGACAGGUUCAUCCACAGUACUUCUUUACAAUUGUUAACAUAUGCAUCCCGCAAAAUUUGUUAAUAGGCUACAGCAUGUAUUUACAAGAUGAUGUAAAUAGCGGCAUGUUUUAAAGAGGAACCAUAAUUAUAUUGUGUAUGUGUGUUUGUGUUCUGUGUCAUUUUUAUAAUAAAACAGAGUAUAAAAAAAGGAUGCACUGACUGCAAAGUGUAUGAAUUUCUGCUGAAUGUAUGUCUGAACAAUCCAUGUUUGGCUUACCAGACUCCAUGAAUGCCUCAGUUAAAAACACAGCUGAUUUUAGUGUCACAUGGAAAUCCAUUGCGUUUUCAUCAAACUGCAUGAUCGUCUGAUUUUCCGUCAUUGUUUUUAUGUCUCUAUGCUAGUGUGUUUUUUUCCUCAGGCUACAAGUCAUGUAAUAAUUGUUCAUUUCUGAGUGUAUUAAUACAUAAUCAGUUAAUUGUAUAUAUUUCAAAACAGGAGAAUACUUGUCUCCUUAAUUUUCUAUCUCAGUGUACCUAAGUGUUUCCUUCAUGUACUCCUGCCAGACGGGUGUCAAGUCUUAGUUAAUCAAAUGUCAGUGCCGUACAUUAGCUAACUGACUUGUAGCCCCUUUUUCGUCACACGUCAUUAAAUUGUACCUCCUCAUCUUCUUGCUUUUCAAGAAAAUUAGCUUUUAUUUAAAUUGUAGGAUAAAUUAAACUGAAUUCAGUUGUAAAUUCAUUAUUCAGUAGUGUCUUCUUUGCUUCAUAAGUAAUUAAAUAUUAUUACAGCAUACCAGAUUAUUGAUGCUGUUCUUUUAAGUAGCUACCAUCUAAUAAUCAAGCAAUCAAUAUUUUUUUUCAUUACAAAUGCCACUGUAUGAACUGAUAUACUUUAACUAAGGGAUUACAAUAGGAUGAGCUGGUGUUGUGUCGCUUGUGCAUGCUCUUAGAUACUGACGCUGUCUACCACAUCAUUUACAAUGUGGGCCUUCAUUUUUCUGCUUUUUGAGUCAUUAUCAUUUACGUUUAGAUAAAGCCUUAUUUAUAAGAUGGAGUGCAUGGAGAUGAACGCGCCUAAUCCUCUCUGCACUCUCUUUCACAUUAAGACUGUUUCUGGUUUCGAGGAGAUGAGCUGAAGACAGAGGAUUAAUGUCUAAUUCCAAUAUCUUUUUUGUGGAGAAGCACCUCAUUACAUCCUUUAGUACACCGUGUGUCAGCACAUCCUCUACUCUUUGAUAUAGAACUUAUAUUUUACAUGUGCUAGUUUAUGUAUUUUCAACAGGAGUGUAGAGCCGGCAUUCGUUAAAUGGUCUUCUGUUAAGGUAUGUUAGGUAUGUUCUCUGCGAUGCAGGCAACAAAAUCCCUGUCUUCCUGGGUCUCACAAGCUGUCUUGGGCACAGAGCAGACCCAAACAGUGCAGAUUCAACAUUCAACAUUCGAAAUGCAAUACUGCCAACCUGCUGCUUCGGUAAUGGUUCCUUUACAGUCAUAAUCCUGUUAAGUCAACAUAGCCAUAUAACAGAACAUCCAAAGACAGUCAAGCUCGCUUGUAUAUUCACUUACCCAGCAACAUAGACAAGGGAAAUGCUUGAAUGUCGUUCGUCAUUCUUGUUUUGUCUUGUUGUAGAGGUGUGUCAAUAGUUGUGCCUUUUUGUGAACUGCAUGAUUUAAUUCUGUACAGAAUCCAUGUUUUUCCAGCAGAAAAGCAAACAAAAAAGACCAAAAAAGUUGUACUCAUACAUCAUUCUGUGUAGAACUGAAGUACUCAAGGGAACCAAAAUAUGAGGAUGUGAUCAGAGCAUAUCUCUGUGUUGUUCAUAUGUAAUAAUAGGAAAUAAAGGCAUUUUAAGUA